UGACCAUACACUUCAAAAUACUAGAAAACUUGCUAGGUCAGCAAUGGGGUUGCCACAACUGCCUGAGGACAGGGAGGAGGCUGAUGAUAGUAAGCCAAAGGGGAAGGUUGAUGGGAAGGAGACUGACAAUGAGGAGGACCAUGAGAAGCUGAGAAAGGAGGCUGAAAUGAAUAGAGAGAAGGGUGAUAGGAAGACAGGGUUAGGACAACCUAAGGACUCUUCAGGAAAAUCCACUGGUGGCGAGGAGAUUCAGCAGUCUAAGUCAAAGGGAGUUCCUUCGGGUGGGUCAGGAGGUGAUAAAGGUGGUGAUAAAGAUGAUGAUAGUGGUGAUCAAGGAAAGGGAAGGCCCAGGAAUAGGUCUAAGAAGGCGGGUAAGAAGGGUAGCACCAAGAAAGGGAAAGAGGAUGAGGAGGAAUCAGACAAGGAAGAUUAUAAGUUUUCUUACCUUUAUAAGAAACCUAAUAGGCCUAAGGUUCCCAAGAAGUCAAAGAAGAAAUCUAGGAAGGGAAGGAGGAGUAGUAGUGAGAGCAGCCCUAGCAGUAGCAGCUCAAGCAGUGAUACUGAUAGUUCUGAUGAUGAGGUGUACGUAGGACGCAAGUAUGUUGACCCAAGGAAACCUGCUCCUGCACCUGCCUUUGCACCUUCAGGUGUUCCACCAGAGCUUAAGCAGUUAUGGGAACUUGCUAUACCGGCAAAACUCCACAUCAACACUUCUAGACUGACUCUGAAGAAAUACAAAGUGACAAUUGGUAGCUUAAGAACCUUCUUGAAGGAUAAUGAGCUUGAUGAGAUGAGUCUCAGGGAUGUCGCAUUUGGUACAAUCAUGGUAACUCUGCUGGAGACCAAGAUCAUUCCUCCUAACAAUGACUCUGCCACUGCUGAGGAUGCUACUCCCGUACCACCAGGUUCAUUUGCAAAGACAGAGGAGAUCACAAGGUGGAAGAAGGGAGCUAAGCUGAUGGCCAUUACAACAAUCUUUGUGUUAUCUUCUGGAGCACAAAAUGAUAAUAUUAAGUGAUAUGAAUCUUAUCGGAAUGUGUUUGGAGAUUUUCUGAGUGAAAAGAGGUUUGGUGACAUCUGCAACUUGAUCAUCCAUUCUGCUUCAAUGGAUUAUCUGUUUGAGUUGUAUACUCUUGGUGAUAUUGAAGCUACCAACAAUGUUCUGAAAUACAGGGUUACUAGGCUGUCAUCUGCAGGACUUGUGAAAAGGGCAUUGAAGACUGUGAUACGGACCCCACUACUUGGGUAUCUCAAUGCUCAUGCUAUUGCCAAGUAUAGAACCUUUGAUGAAGCUGGCCUGGCUGCCCAAAUUGCUGCUGGUCCCCUCAAGGCAUAUUGCAAGGGGAAUAUCAAUCCAAUGGAGUACAAGGAUAUCCCAAGGAACACCCCACUCAGAUCACUUGCCCCCAUUGACAAUGCUCCAUACGAUGAAGAGCUCUUAAGGAAAGUUAAGAUCAUCUUGGAGGUUUAUGAGAUCCCGCAUGGACACUGGUACCAGGGGAUCAGGGCUUCUCUUACUGGGGAUGAUAGUGAUUUGCACUUCAAGCUUACAGCCCAGCAGCUUAGACAUGUCCAAAAGCAGUCAAUUGGUGCUGUUAUUGAGAAAGCAGCACAGAAAUUUGCUCAUACAAGGAGGGACUCUCCCCAGGCUCAAGCUGAUGUUGUGGCUGUUGCAGAAGAUUGGGUUUGAGAUGGAGUAUUUGAAAGAAGAGAGUGAACAAGUGGUUUCCUUUGGGUGCUGGGGAACCCAAUUCUGCUUAUGUGGUAUUUCCUUUAGAGUCCUUGUUAUUUCCUUUCGUUCGCACAAUAAAUGAGGGUGAUUAUCUAGGUCUUGGUCAUCUAGAUAAUCACCUUCAAGUAGUAAUGCUAGUUCCUAUCUAUAUAUAGGAUAGCUAUUAAGUAUCUUCUAAUGUUAUUAAAAUAACUAUCUUUGAAUAAAAAAAUGUUAUUGAGAAAAGAACGUUUCAUCC